CUCUAUAAACAAUUUUCUCGGGAAGACCGGUGUCAAAAAACCAAACAUGAACUCCUUUACAUCUCGAUUAAAUUCGUUAUUUGCCUUCACGCUUAGCGUGAUGGCAGCUUUAACUUUUGGCUGCUUUUUAACAACAGUAUUCAAUGAUCAUUUGCGACCAGUAGAGUUAAACGUCGCUAAGGUUUCUGUCAAAAAUGUCCCAGAUUACUCAGCUGACAGAGAGAAAAGUGACCUUGGAUUCAUCACCUUUGACCUGUUUACAGAUCUUGGCCCAAUUUUUAACUGGAAUGUCAAGCAGCUGUUUUUGUAUUUAACUGCUGAAUACAAGACCAAGGGCCAUGUACUCAACCAAGUUGUAUUGUGGGAUAAAAUUGUGGAAAGGGGAGACAACACCAUCUUAGAUCUUCGGAAUGCCAACACCAAGUAUUAUUUCUGGGACUUUGGCAAUGGACUCAAGGGCAAUGAUAAUGUCACUUUGACCCUGUCAUGGAACGUUAUCCCAAAUGCCGGAACACUUCCAAAGAUUCAAGGUCAGGGCAGCCACAAAAUUGUUUUUCCUGACCAGUACACAGCCGGUCGGUUCUAGACUAAGUCGAGUCAUUUGUUAAAAUUUUCAUUCACGUUCUGUUCAGUUUUGAAACAUAGGUGAUAUUGUUUAAUGAGUCAUCCAUAAAUAACAAUGCAAUGUUGGCAUCAUCUUAACCCCUACACCUCUAUUCUCAUUUGAUGUAAAAAAAAAAAAAAAAUUUUUAAAAGUCACCCCCCACCCCCUUGCUCUAUAUAAACAUUCAACUAGUCAACCCCCUCCCCUUCCUGAUUUUUAUUGACAUUAAAAGGUUCCAACCUCCUUAAUUAACCAUUUGUUUUAUGGAUGACCCCUUAUACAAAAAUCAGACCAUUUUUUUAAAAAUAUGGAAUAAGUGCUCAUGUUGUAAAUGAUUAAAGUUUGAAAGUUUAAUAAGUCCUUACAUACGGAUUGAUUUACUGAUAGCAUUUUUUGUGUGCUAGAUCUAUAUAUACAAUCCAACUUUGAAAUUUUGCAUUGUUUGUUUAUAAUAGAUUUAAAUUGUUGUUUGUUUGUAUCAAGUUUUUUAAAAAGACCUGAUUCAUUCUGUUUCUUAACAUCAAAGUAAUUAUUUUAAUUUCCACAGUAUUGUGAAAUAUUGUUUUGUUUUAAUUUUAAACAUCCUUUCCUUUCAUAUUACUGUUAUUGUAUUUGUAUAUUCUGGUUUUGUUUUGAAAAAUAUCAAGCAGUGUGCAUCAAUCAAAAUGUUUGUUCCUGGAGAAAACAUUGGUUGUUUUUUUUUAACAAACCCCAUUAAACAAAUGUCAGAUUCACAGUUUUGCACAUCAAUUAUUAUACUGACAGCCUACCUGCUCUCACUAGCUGUAGCUUCAUUCAUUUUCAUUAUUUGGUGUCUUGGGUUAUAAAUGUAUUUAUACAUGACCAUUUUUUCGGUGGAAUUGUUUUUAUUAAACCUAAAUUAUCACUCAA